GGCGCAGGGUGAGGCUGGUGCUCGGCGGGGAGCAGCGGGCGCCCUGAUUGACAGCCCGGGCGUCCUCAAAAGGCGGCGGAGAGAUAGAUGCUUAUCGGCGGGUUUAUAUAGCGGGGGAGCCGGGCGCUGCCGCAGCAGCGGGAGGUGCGGUGGGUGCCCCAUGCCCGCCCGGCCGCGGCUCCCGCAGCCCCGCGCAGCCCCGGGGCCGGCCCCGCCAUGCACAGCCCGUCCCAGCCCCGGCCCCAGCCCCGGCCCCGGGCGGGCAGGAGGCGCUACAAGACCUUCAUGAUCGACGAGAUCCUUUCCAAGGAGACCUGCGAUUACUUCGAGAAACUUUCUCUCUACUCGGUUUGCCCGUCUCUGCUGGUCCGGCCCAAGCCGCUGCACUCCUGUGCCGGGUCCCCUUCUCUGAGGGCCUAUCCUCUCAUCUCCGUCAUCACCAGGCAGCCCUCCGUGGUCCCUCACCUGGUCCCAGCUGCCUCCAGCUCCCGUGUGCUGCCAGCCCAGAGCUCCCCGGGGACCGGCGGCUCCGAGGCUCCGGCCGGCGAGGCUCAGGCCAGCAGCGAGUCCGAGGCGGAGCAGCCGGCGCCGCGCCUGAAGAAGCCGCGCAGGAGCAGGACCAUCUUCACAGAGCUCCAGCUGAUGGGCUUGGAGAAGAAAUUCCAGAAGCAGAAGUACCUCUCUACGCCUGACAGGCUUGACUUGGCCCAGUCCUUGGGGCUGACUCAGCUCCAGGUGAAGACGUGGUACCAGAACCGUAGGAUGAAGUGGAAGAAAAUGGUACUGAAAGGUGGACAGGAGGCUCCAACCAAGCCCAAAGGCCGCCCAAAGAAAAACUCCAUUCCCACCUCAGAGGAGAUUGAAGCAGAAGAGAAGAUGAACAGCCAGACUCAGAGUCAGGAGCUGCAGGGACCUCAAGCCCCCGAGGAGCCUAAAUUGCCAGAGGAGAAGCCAGAAGUCUCUUUGGAGACAGAGAAGUCUCCAGAACAUAUACCAGAGCCCUCCUCAGAGGAGACUACACCGCUAAGUUAAAAGGGAAAGCGAGGAGGGAAAGAGCAAAAAAGAAAAGCAAAGGAAGACACAAGAGAAAAACCAAAACCAAAUAUAUAUAUGUGUAUAUAUAUAUUUAAAUAUGUAUGUAAUUGUGUGCGUGUACAUAUAUAUAUAAAUAUAUAUAUAUAUGUAGACCUUGUGUAUAAGUCUAAAGAUUGGUCACUUUGUGCCUUUGGGAAUGAGCCAUCGUGGGCCCUGGUGGAGCAGAGAUGUGAGCAGUGCUGCCCUGUCCCUCAAAGUGUGCAGGAGCCUGGACAUCUUUCCUGAGAAAACCACCUCCUGAAACCCAAGACAACUCCUGGCCAGGACAGGGGGAGCCCAGGGCUCCCUUCACGCUGUGGGAAGCAAAUGUGUGGUGGCACAACCUGUGCUGGAGGGGUUUGCUUGGCUUUAUCCUUUGCCUUUCAGUGGUGCACAGGGACACAGGACUUGGUCUGGCCCCAGGUCAGGGACAGCUGAGGAAUGAGGAGCUCUGUUAGCACCAUUUCAUCGUGUAACCAGCACUUAUAUCUGUUAGGGGUGGCCCCAACUUUGGCAGUUGGGAUGGAGUUCAGACCCGUGGGUUUGCUUUGGCCCAGUAGAAAGAUCAAAUCUUCCACAGGGAAGUUCCCCCCCAGGUCAGCAGCCAGAGUUCAUCUCUUGGUUGGGUGUCGUGUCUGUGACUUUGCAGUGACCCAGGAGAAAAACUCCACAUGAGAUGAGGGGUUUGGAUUGGAGUCUGCUCCAAAAGCUUUCGGAUGCUUGGAUCUGGGAUUUUAUUUUUUUCUUUUUUUGCUUUGGGCCCACUUCUAAUUUUUGUAGGUUGUUUGUUGUUUUUGUUUUUUUUUAAAGAACAUUUAAAUGUUUUCAGGGCUUUGGGAGAACGAUGGAUUUGAGAAGUUGCUGCAGAAAGUCCACGUUUGUUUAAGAUGUGUGCCAAGAAUAGAUGUGCAUCAUGUUUCAUAAAGUCUUGUUAAGGGCGCAUUUUGCCCAAAGGCUGCAAGAGAUGUAUUAAGAUAACCUUUAUUUUUUAAUUAAAAAUUAAAUAUAUAAAUAAAGCA